AUGCCUUCCAUCGAUCAGUCCAAUCUGGACCUGGAAAAGCAAAUCUCGUCCAGCAACGGCGAUGCUGCCACCGCAGUAGGACACGGCGACAACUCCAUGUCCGAAAAGGAAGAGCCGGCCCCAUCCGCCAAGGGCGCUACCGUUGGCUUUGCUCCCUCGACCGCUCCUACCUACAUCCCUGCUGAUGGUUCCACUCCGGCAGCGACACGCCCUACGCGCACUUUCUCCCGACGUGACCGCAGCGAGGCUAACGACACGACACAUCCUUUCGGUGGUGACCUCGAACGUGCAGAGACCGAGAACCACCUCGAACGUUUCCAGUCGCAAGCCGGCAAAGAUGUCGUGAUCGUACACUGGGAGGGCGAGAAUGACUCGGAAAAUCCAUUCACCUGGUCCAGGGCCUAUCGGUGGUACCUGACCAUGCUUGCUGGUCUUCUCGUGUUGAACUCGACCUUCACCUCCUCUGCGCCUUCGGGCGUCGUUCCUCAACUCGAAGCACAGUUCGGUUUCGGUCGUGAAGUCGCCGUUCUCAGUCUUUCCAUUUUCAUCGCCGGUUACUGUCUUGGUCCUCUCCUCUGGGGUCCCCUUUCCGAGCAAUUCGGACGCAGGCCUAUCUUCAUCGUCGCCAUGUUCGUCUACACUUGCUUCAACGUCGGUUGUGCACUUUCUCAAAACACCGCAUCUAUCCUCGUCUUCCGCUUUCUCUCUGGAACUUUUGCCGCGUCACCGCUCACCAACUCCGGUGGUGUGAUUGCCGAUCUUUGGGACGCAAAGACCCGUGGUAUCGCGCUCUCUCUCUUCUCGCUCGCUCCAUUCGCAGGACCUGCCCUCGGUCCCAUUGUCUCGGGCUUCAUCGCGGUUAGCGGCACUUCGUGGCGAUGGCUCUUCUGGGUCUGCACCAUUUUCUCGGGUGUCUGCCUUACCCUCGUUGUCCUCACCCUCCCCGAGACCUACGCUCCCAUCAUCCUGCUCAAAAAGGCGCGCAGGAUCCGCAAGGAGACCGGGGACGACCGGUACAAGGCUCCCAUCGAACUCGUCCAGAUCCAAUGGAAGGAUCGCCUCAACAAGACCAUCCUCAAACCCUUCAUCAUGCUCGGUCAAGAGCCGAUGCUCCUCGUCAUGACAAUCUAUCUCUCUUUUGUCUACGGUGUGGUAUACCUGCUGUUCGAGGCUUAUCCCAUCGUGUUUCAAGAGGGUCAUGGUUUCAAUUCUGGCAUCAAUGGCGUCAUGUUCGUACCAUUCUUCUUGGGAGGAUGUGCCGCAGUUGCGCUCUACGUGGCCUAUUUCAACCCUAAAUACGCCAAGGAGGCUGAUGCGCUCAAGGCAAAGGGCAUCAACCGUGUUCCUCCCGAGGAGCGUCUGUAUCCCAUCAUGCUCGCCGGACCAUGUCUCACGAUUGCAUUCUUCUGGUUUGGCUGGACGUCGUAUCCUUCGGUCAGCUUCUGGUCUCCUAUGAUGGCCGGUAGCUUGAUUGGAUUCGGAGUACUGUUCUGCUUCCUGGGUGUUUUCAACUACCUCAUCGACGUCUACUUGGCCAACGCUGCUUCCGCUCUUGCUGCCAACACCGUAUGCCGUUCCCUGGCUGGGUUCGGGUUUCCCCUGUUCGCGUCUCAGAUGUAUAUUGCGCUGAACCCGCAAUGGGCUUCUACGCUUCUAGCGUUCAUUGCGCUCAUCAUGGUACCGAUUCCGUUCUUGCUUUUCAAGUACGGAUCCAAGAUUCGCGGCAUGUCGAAGCAUGCCAUGUAA